AUUUUAUAGAAUUAAAUCUUAUUUAUCUUCAGAUAUAAAAACUAUAUUUACCAGCUGAAACACUAACGCAUAUGCAGUAUAAUAUAAUCUACUUAACAAUCUCGUUUUAGUUAUAAUAUGUGAUUAAUUCUUUUGCUAUUUCGCUAUAAACAGUUUUUUGUGCAUACAAUAUUUUUUUAUAGUAUUCUAAUAUAUUGUUAGAUAUUGUAAAGAAAGUAAAAUACAGUUAUUGAAGUGUGGGAACAUUCAAUGUUAACCUUGCUUCAAAAAAUAAUCUUUCGAAUGAAUGGGGAAUAGAUUUUUAGUAUUAUAGUUGGUAUAAUGUCAUCAUUGUUUACAAUGUGUUAGAGUUAAAGAAAUGAGACAAAUUAAUAUUUCAGAAGCAAAUUCAAUAUUUAAAUGAUGUUAUUUUAAAAUGGCAGAUGAUAUGAAUGUUCUUUUUAUACGAGGAAAUGGAAACGAUACAGACACAGCCAAUGAUAAUGUUUGGGACGAUAGUGCAUUAAUAGAAGCAUAUGAUAAAGCAAUAAAUUUAGCAAAAGAAGAAGUUAUCAAGCGAAUGGGAAUGGAUGUUGGAAAUUCUCAACCGAAAGAAAACCUACAAAAUCUUAAGCAGCCUAAACACGCAAGUAAAUUACACAAGAAAUGGAUCAUAGGAGCACCUUGUCGUGCAAUAUACUCAGAGGAUGGAGAAAUUUAUGAAGCUAUAAUAUCAAAAAUUUACGAAAACAAUGGCACGUGUGUUGUAAAAUUUGUAGGCUAUGGUAAUACAGAGAAAGUCGAGUUGAGUUCUCUUUUAGAAUCAGAAGGUUUGCAAAGUCAAAUAGCACAACAAAAGAAAGCUUUGGAAGAGAAAUUCAAUGAAGAGAACGACGAGACUUGUGAGACUAAUUUUUCUACAAAUGUAAAUUCGAAAAAAUAUAAUGUAGAAAAAAUGGAUUGUGCACAUCACUUCAUAUCGGGACCAUCUUUCAAUUCGAUGACUGAUAUAAUGCCACCUGCACCUCCUUUACCACCAUAAUUAAUGGCCGAGUAAGUACAAUUUAAAAAUUCUAAUGAAAUGCUGAAUACUUCUAAUAUUAAUAAGUAAUUUGGAAUAAGUUUAAC